CUAGCUUUGGCGUAUGUUAAUUCCAUAGUAGGGAAGCAUACUUCCGACAAAAACAACAACAUUCGAAGCGACGCUUUUGACAAGUCCGUUUAAAUGUCAAAGUGAGGAAACUUUGGGGGAAAAUUUAACUUAGGAGUUCAAUUGUCACGUCAGAAGCUCCGCUUUUCAGCAGAAUCUCUGCGGCAGUUAUGUCCAGCUCCAAAAGCCAUGGAAAAAAUUUGGCCGAAGACGAUUGGGCAUUUGUGGACGUGCAAGGUGCUGUCGUUGUAAGUAUAUUAAUUUAAAAUAUUUUUAUACUUUUUUUAUGGGAAACUAUUUGGCAAUUUUUCAGGUUUACUUCAGAAUUAGACGCUCGGUAAUUUAAAUUGGAGUUAUCACAAAUAGAGUACAAAAUGUACUUGAAGUUUUGGCGGGGAUAUAUUAACUUAGUGUACAGCACAUAUAUAGGCUGAGGUAUUUAUGAAUAAAUGCAAGGCAUAAUGGAUUAAAAUGAAAAUGUCCUAUAAAGACUGCAUGAAUUUUAUUAAUGUUUGCACUUGAAUCAAAAGAAAAGGUUUUUUCGAAAGUGCGUGCAUUUCACAAACAGAAGUAUGUUCAAAUUGCAAGGUUUACUGUUAGAUCGCGUUUAUCAGUGACAUAAACAUAUCCACCUGUUAAAACCAUGACAACAAUUUGCAUUUUAACCUGUCUAGAUUUUAGUUUAUAUAUAUAUAUACUUAGUUGUUUUACCGCAUUCUAACCGGAUUGACUCUUAUUUGUGUGAUUCUUUUACACUAGCUUUCAAGUUGUAACUUACAGGCGUUAAUUAACCCCCUAUUUAACCACGCGCGUGUAUCAAUAAUAUACAUUUGGCAUUUAUAAAAAAAUAAUUGCAUAUAUAAAAGAGAUACAGUCAGUUAUAAAAGUUUGUUUAUAUCGAAAACCUGCAAGCAUGCAUUUAUAUCUCAAACAUUAGUGUUUACAGUUUUGUGGGCGCGGCCAUACUACUAAGUUUUGCUCAAGGUAACAAUACAAUUAAUACAAUACAUGCAAUGAACCAUUUGCAUUAUAGACUAAAUUUGAUCUAGACAAAAAAUUCAUCACAGCUUGAAAGAGCAUCACAACAUUAGUAUAUAAUAUUCCAAAGUUUCGUUGCGAAAUGUUGUAAAAUGCGGGUAAUAUAGCCUUGUGAAAUUUGCAAUUUUCAGUCAUUUUGUAUUACAAACGGGAAAUUGAUGCCCCAACACUCGAUUGGGCUGUCAAUUUCCCGUGCAUAAUACAAAAUGACUGAAAAACGGCAAACUUCGCAAGGCUAUAUUAUCCGCAUUUUACAACAUUUUCGCAACGAAACUUUGGAAUAUUACUAAUUUUGUGAUGCUCUUUCAAGCUGUGAUGAAAUUUUUGUCUAGAUCAAAAUUUAGUCUAUAAUGCAAAUGGUCCAUUUAUUUAAUGUGAAACAAUUACACUUAGCUACACUCAGCUAAUUUACGGGUAAUGCCACGAAAUUCUAACUAUUAUAUAUCUAUAUGUCUACAUAAAUCAACUAAAUAACUAUUUACACUAUUAAAUUAUGCAUUGCACAGUAACAUAAGCUCAAGGUAGCAUAAGCAUGUAAAUAUUCACAAUCAUACACCGUUCUCAUUUUAAAAGAAUACGAAAUUUCAUGCACUGCUUCUGACAAAGCCUCUCGGAUUACGGAGUACACCGUAUGUUAUUUUAGUAAUUUAGUGCUGUGUACUGUGUACUGUGUAUCACAGACAGGGAUUUCGAACGUCUUGCCUAGUAAGUUAUACCAUGGUUAUUCUAUGCUAUGCCGUUGCAGUAAACCAGGGGUCGAUCCAAAAUAUCCAUGCAAGAUGAAGUACUAAUGAUAAACAGAUAAAGUUGGCACUGACAGUCGCAGGCACAUCAGAAAAAAAGUUUCUUGCAGGCAGAUAUUCUAAACAUUUUAAAAACAGGAGAUUUUAUCUUUUUACAAUUCUCAUGCAAUUUACUAUUAAUUCUUACGCCUGUAUUCUAAAAGCUCACUCACACUCGGAGAGUGGAGGUUCAAUCUGAGCUUCUCUCGAGUGUCAAUGCUGUUUUUGAAUAGCUGCAGGAUGAGUAGUCACAUAGUAAGGUAUGAAACUAACCCUCCAGCUAUUCAAAAACAGCAUCGACACUCGAAAUAAGCUGAGAUUGAACCUCCACUCAUUGAGUGUGAGUGAGAUUUUAGACUAUACGGGCAUUAAUCUGCUAAUUCCAUUCGAUUCUAAUUUUCAUUAAUUCCAUUCGAUUCCAAUUUUCAUUAAUUCUUAAUCUGCUAAUUUCAUUCGAUUCUAAUUUUCGAUUUUAACUCCCCUCGAUUCUAAUUUCCCACAGAAAGAUGUUCUUUUAAGAGGAUUUUUUUUUGUGCCGCGUAUUUGCGAUGAAAAAAAGCUAAACCUAUCUCUCAAAAUUAUUCUGUUUUAUAUAAGCUUUAUUUUCUAGUUUAUAAAAUUAGCGUUCUUUUUUAAUGCAUUUGCUGUUCGAGAAACAUAAAAUAAUAGUAAAACCUUUUCAAUUAAAAGACAAUGAUCGAUGAUGCUUUAAAAUUGACGCCAUAUUUACAACAAUAUAUAAUUACUGAAUUUCAGUCAUCAUUUUCUCUUUGGCGUACCAUCUAUAAAGAUAAAGCACUAAAUACACUUUUAAGAUUGUUUGCGGAUUGAAAAACGUAUCAAAAAUUAAAAAGUUUGAAUGUAUUCAUAACCAUGUAAGAGGCCGUACAGGCAGGAUUUUUUCACCAGGGGGCCGGUAAUAUCUAUAUGCUGAAAUAAGUACCCAAAUGUCAAUGCAUUGAAAUUGUCAUAUCAGUUAGAUGCAUGCUUAAUAAUAUGGCCGCCCCAUAAUUCCCAGCAAGGAAAGGUUGGUUCGCCGACCUCGGAAUGACAUUUCGUCAAAACUUUUUUCUUCAAGAUUGGUUUAGGAAUGAUAUAACUAUAUAUCAAUACGGAAAAAAUGUUUUAUAUUUGUUUUAUAAUAUAGUAAUGUCAAAAGCCCGAAGAAUAAGAACAAUUUCCGUGUUACAAGCGGCGGAAAAUUUCCCGUGUUGACAUGGAGUUAUAUCAACACGGCUCUUAGCCAAUCAGCGUUCAGAAUUUACAAAUGCUAUAUUAUAAACAAACUUGGAGUAGGGUUUGGUUAGGGCAUUGAACUAUAAGUAAACUGGAACGAUAAGUUCGGCGCCAUCUUUGAAGCCAGCCAUGAGUGUUUUACAAAACGGAUACGAAAAAUACAGCUUAAAAAUCGUUAAAUUUUCUCACUUUUACUUCUUUCAAGGCAUUUAUAUUUAUCCUAGAGCACACUUAGACAACACAACUUCUAUCUAAGACACACAAAAUAAGUAAAUAUGAAACGAACAAAACGAAACUCGGCAAGAAACCGCGAGUUUUUAGACUUUCCAGAAAGAGAUCAGAGACAAUUUUAUACAAUUUAUGUAGAAUAAUCUUAGAUACAGUUGUUAAUGGAGUCCAAACAUACAGAAACGUACUUUAAUAAGUUAAAAUUAAGGAUUAAAUUAGUAAAAAUACGUGUUUAUUUUCGUAUACAUAUACCUGCGAACAGGCUAUACUUGAGCGCCCGAAAUUUGGCUUCACUCAAACAUAGGCCUUUAUCAUUGGAGUUAUCGUUCCAGUUUACUUAUAGUUCAAUGGGUUAGGGUUAGAUGUUUAUUUAAAAACACGGUCACGGAUAUGAAAUAUCAAAUAGUGUAAUAUCAACUAAAUUAGUUAUGAUAUAACAAGUCGUAGCUAGUCGAUCACACCCCUCACAUUUUCUGUAAUUAUUUACAGCCAGAAGAGAAAAUAAAACCUUCAGAACGUAAGAACAAUACGAAGCGAAAGAAAAAAGGACGUCCUCGGAAACAGGAAGUUGAACCGGACUUCGAAGUCAUCCAACAUGGCGGACUGACCAUGUCGACAAUCAUAGCAACAACCGAGGUCCUACCACUUCAGAAAGAAACACCGGACGACGAGGAAGACUGGGGCAUAGUUAAAGCACCGGAACCAGGACCAGAUCCCGCACGGUCGGCCACGCAAACCGUGGACACUAGCGUGGAACCGAAACCUGAAAGUUCAGAUGAUGUUGAAUUUAUCCAGAUUCCUGAUCGUGAAGAGCCGAAAGUGGAGUUACUCUCAAAUACAUCAUCGACAUGUAGUUUUGAUGUUAUUGAUGAAAAUAAGAGGAGAGCUAUACUGGACGGCGAAAAGGAUUCUGUCGCUAGUUUAGAGGAUGGUGAUAGUGAUGAUGGUGAUCAAGAAGGUGGUGACGAUGAUCAUGAUAGUGGUGACAUUCACGUGACAGAGUUUCAUUUUGACUUGCCCACAAUGGUUGCUUUAUUCUGUUUAACCGCAGUCCUUGGCUUUGUUAUUGGACAUGGUAAGUCGCAGCACCAUAGAACAGUUGAUACCUAGUUAGAAUCUUCUAUGAUUUUAAAGAGGUUAAUAAUAUACAUAAAGAUAUUACUCGACUGUGAUUGGUUGAUUUCAGUGCAGUUAAUCCCAAACAGCAGUGCAAUUUUCUGUAAUCACAGUGCAAUUUUUUGUAAUCACAGUGCAAUUUUCUGUAAUAACAGUGCAAAAAUCUGUAACAACUGAUCUGAUUGGUGGAAAAACAUUGUGAUGCUUAAAUCAACCAAUCAGUUUAAAGCAAUUUAGUUUAAAGAAGUAACGGUCACAGAUUGCUUGAAAACAAAACAAACAUGGCGCCGCGCUACACAAAGUAAAAGUUGCCUUCGCGUGGAAAAUACGGCUUUUAUCUUUAAAGGGAAAUGGCAAUAUAUUUUUUAUUUUCUCAUUUGAAAGAACUUUUGAAACUAUUUAAUAACUUCUUUUACAGAUUCUUCAUAUCUUGCUUAGUCCUUGAAAUACUUUCACUUGAAGUAAUGAGAUGUCAGCCAUCUUGGAUAAUUUUUUAAUCUCAUUAACGGUAGUUUUGGUGACGUCACAACAGGGAUUAACCAUAUAAAAGUAUUCGUUGCUGACCAAAUAUUGAUUGCUAGAUGUUUUAAAGGUUUCAAGUGAUCUUGAUAUUUCCAAGGGCAUACAGAGUAUAAUUUUGAGUGCCAAAUGAUUAGUGGUUGUCUAGAUAAAAAUAUUGCAUGACCCCUGUUGUGACGUAACAUGCAUAUCUACAAAAAUCCAAGAUGGCGGACAUUUAAUUUCUUUCGAUUAAAAUAUUUGUAGAAGUAAGCAAGAUAUGUAAAAACGGUAAAAAAGUUUUAUAUAUGGUUUUAAACGUUCUUUCAAACGAGAAAAUAAAAAAUAUAUUGCCAUUUCCCUUUAAUUUUAAAUGGAAAAGCAUUUGCCUUAAACAAGACUAACAAAAAUUACAUAGUUGAGUGGAAUUUUCAAGCUGUUAGCGUUGUAUAAUGUGAUAUAACAAGGCCAGGAAAACUUUGCCAGUGGAGCGUAAGUUAAAACAUUUUUAUGUAAAUUAUUAAUAGGUAAUAGCAUGGUUUCUCGUGAAAUUUGGAUAAACAUGCACUCUUGAGGUCUUUGAAAAAUUCACUCGUGCAUGUUAUAUCCAAAUUGCACUCGAAACCAUGCUAUUACCUAUACUAAACGAGGUCCAAAAAGCAGAACCAUCAUUGAAGACACUGAUUUGAAAACUAUGACUGGAUAGAGUAUCCUGUCAAAAUCUCUGCAAAUACUUUUAAAUUAGUUACAUUAUCAAAUAACUGUCUUUUCUUACGUAACUUGAUAGACAUAGCUUCUCACAUCUCUUCUAAUGAGUUUUAGAAUGUUUUAAACACGAGAUAAUGAGACUUGUAGCAGCAAUAUUGGUGUGACCUCAUUAGUUAUUCAAGGGCAAAAUUAUGGGGGGGGAGGCCGCUGUUGGUAAAUUUCUAUCCAGACAAUGUUUAUCCUUUCCUACCGAUAACCUGAAAAUGUAAGACACUCUUCUACCAUGUCACCGACACCACAAUAGAUUUGUGGUGGUCACAUGAAUAUGACCGACAUUGGCUUCCUUUAUGCACAGCGAUAAAAGAAGAUAAUAUAAGGAUAUUUAAACAAUCUUUAAAAUCUCAUUAAUAAUUCAUGAAGAAAAUUCAAAAGAAACGAAUGUUUAAUCAAUGUUUGUAAAUUGGAUAAAGAUUUGUCCUGAUUUACAUAAACUUUAGCUUUGGUUUUCUCGGCUUAAACAAUGGUUAUUUUUUAAAUAACUUCGCCAAUGAACUCAUAAGAUGGGUCGUUUUUAAAAAACGUUAAAACAUUCGUAUCCGAUCUUUAUCUGAUAUACAAACUCUCGCCUUCGGCUCAUGUUUUAACUAGUACAUAUAAUCGUCUCUUUCCAGGUGUUGGAAUCGCAACUAGCCUUCUGGUGGUGAAAACCCCCAGUCUCAAAGUUCCCAGUGAAAUGACACCAAAUGUACCAAGCAAGACUCCAUCGAAAGAAAACAGUGAACAAGACGAAAAUUCCCAGCUGGAAAGAAAAAUUCAGAAAUGGAAGUCGCUGUACAGGAAUGAGAAACCUGAAGAAAACGCCGGUGGGAAAAAUUCCGGAAAUUUGCCUGGAUUGAAGGAAGCACACAAGCAGUUGUCGCUAGAAAAUUACAAGCUUAAGAAAGCGUACAGUGAUAUUCAAAAACAACUCGACCUUAUGAAAGUCAUGUCUUGGUAUCGACGGGCACAAGUUGAUAAGUUGAGACAGAGUGAUCAGUUGAACAUGAGCCAUGUUGUAGGGAUGUUGAAGAAAGAGUUGCAGUAUUUGGAAGCGGUGUAUUUCAGGGAGAAACGACUUGCAGAUAUGUGGAGGAAUGAAGAGAAAGAAAAAGAAGAAAGUUCGCCCAAUACAUGGAAAUAUUUUAAAGAUCGCUGGAAUAAAAAGUAUAAAGGAGAUGAAAGUGCUGAGGAAGGAGUGUGCGUGGAUAGACAGGACUGUGAAGAUGAAACUAGGAGAGCUGAGGAUAUGAGUGGACCUAACAGCAAGGAAACAGUAGAUCAUAGUGGGACAUUAGCGGGAGGUAAUGAAGCACUGGAAAAUAGACAAACUGGUUUCAAGAAUGUAGGACUUGAAGAAAGGAAACAAGGAAAGGAAUCUAAAGUUUCAACCAAUACAGAAUCGAGUGAUUAUGCAGAAUCACAAGACAAUGUGAACACGAUGAGAAGUUCCAACCCACUCCAAGGAAGGGAAAACGUUGCAAACGAGAAAACUGGAACAAAGGGAGAUUUUGAAACAGUGGAUGACACCAAACUGGACGAAAUACGACGUCAGCACAAGGAGAUGGCAGAUGAGAUGGAGCAUAGAAACGUUCGGAAUGAGAAAGAUAGUUUGUUUUGGCGACAUUUACGAUUGGCAAAGACUGUUGAAGAUUACGAUCUGAAGCAUUAUAGCGACAAUGAAGAUCAAAUCAGAUUAUCAACGGAGGAAAUAGCAAGUGGCGAUAAUACGGCGAAUGAUCAGAAUGAAUUAUCAGCAGAAGGCUCGUCGAAUGGUAGUGGUGAUGGGCAACCAAAUGAUCAGAACAAUAAAGAAUCCGACACAAUCCCAAAUGAGAGCACCCAUACAGGGUUUUUGGCACAAGUAGAACCGGACUGGUUUUCUUAUGAAGUCUUAGAACAGGAUGAAGAUGUGAUAAUCGCGUACGAGAACAAGGAUAGCGUUCCGCAUGCACUCUAUGGCUUUCUUCAUGGCGAAUUUCGUGAAAUAGAAUCUGGCCCAGGAGAUAUUUUUGUUAUGUCUGUGAAAACGGAAUGCUUUAAGGUGAAUAGCAGUUUCAUUGUGUCACUGUCAAACAACUUUCCAAAACCCAUUCAAUUUUUUGCGUUAUUACCGAACGGGAAAAUAAAACACCAGAAGAUAGCCGAGCAAGUUAAAAUGGUUAUAGCUCAACUGAGUCCCAACGAUGGUGAAGAAAGCAGACCUCAGCCAUUGAUCUACGAAGCGACUGUAAUGGAAAAUGGUAAACUGGAGGUUAGCGAACAGAAUGAUGGUGAAUCUGGUGAACAAAAUGGUGAAAAUCAGGAUGAAGGCUCAAAAACCGAGGUUGAAUCUGGUGAUGGUGAAGUGGAAGUGAGCAAACAGAAUCAUGAUGAAUCCGUUGAAAAUGCAGAGUAUCGGGAUGAAGCCUCAAAAACAUUUGGUGAAGAUGAGGUAAGCGAGAACAAUGAUGGUGAAUUUGGAGACGAAAGUGGUCAAUAUCGGGAAGAAGACUCCAAAAAUUAUGACCAAUCCAGUAAUGAAAACAAAGUGGAAAAUAAUGAGCAUCAAGAUAGCGAAGAAACACAAGGCGAUCUCGAGGAGACACCUCAACCAAACCAAGAAGUACCUCUCUCAGACCUGCAACCUGGUGAGAGUUAUGUCUUCGAUCAGUACACCGGGAGAAUCUAUAGACAUACCGUGUCAGCACAUCAACACCCGAUAAGCGACUACGAAACUCUUCUCGCUGAAAUUCAUAGAAAGGUGGAGAAAGUUUAUUGCAGAUUUCCACGAAAUAUGAUCAUUGAAAAGUUUAUAGUAAAAGAUGAGGUGGUCAAGACGAAGGAUGAUGGAUCUAUAAGUAUAGGUGAGGAUGAUGAGGGACCCGUAGAGGACACUCUUGGAAACCUGGAACCCGUAGAAUAUGAAGAAGAUGUGUCAAAUAUCGUACAGGAGUUGCUAAAGAACUCAUGGAGAGACGGGCAUAGGACACCUAUAUUGAUGACGUACGAUAGCGCGACCGGGACGAUAACAUCAAUUUACGUUACACUGUCCAAAGUCCAACCGGAUGACGUAAUUUCCCAUGACGUAUUGAAGAAUGGCAAGAUAGAAACAUUUGGAGAAAACAUAAAAAUUACAUCAUACCUUCUCCAUGGAAACGAACUGUUACAAAUUGUGCGUGAAGAUGAAGUAAAACAUGGCUUCACUAAGAUUGCUGAAGAGAAAACGGGUGGUGAGGUUGAUGGUAGUUCUGAGACGGGAGAUGAGAAUUCUAGAAAUCAUGAGAACGCGGAUGAGAAUUCCAGCAAUUCCGAGAAUGAAGAUGAGAAUUCUAGCAAUUCCGAGAAUGAAGAUGAGAAUUCUAGCAAUUUUGAGAACGAGGAUAUGCUAGAAACAAAUGUUGACGACAAUUCCCAUGAACACAGCUCACAAGCUACAACAUCACUCGAAAACAGUCAACAAGAAAGCCAAAACGAGGAAUGCUUACUGAGACUAGGUGAAAGCGACACGACCGAAUACUGGGCGCAUACUGCUCAACGAAGAGCAGCUUUCAUUCGCGAGACAGUCGAACGUUUGAUGCCAAGUCCAAAAUACAAGGAGGAAGACUUUGCGAUAUUGAGCAUUUCCACAAACGAUAUCGACGAAUCUGUUUCGUAUACCUACUGUGAAGAUGGUAGCGUGCAGAAAACAUGGCGACGGAUUGAAAAUGUUCCACGAAAUAGGGCAUCUGAGGAAUCAGGAAAAAGUACUGAAAGUGACGUUGGAGGUAACAAGAGCGUUGUGGAUGAUAGUGAAGGUUUGCAAGAGGAUUGGACGGAUGAUGAUGAUUAUGAGUACGACGAUGAAGAAUAUCGUGAUGAUAUCGAUGAUGAUCACGAUUAUGAUCGCGAACAUGAUAUCCAUGAUGAUAUCGAUGAUGAUAUCGGUGAUAACGUUAAUGAAGAUGACCGUGACACUGAUGAUGAGGAUCACGAAGAAUAUGACGAUACAGAUAUCGAAAACCAGAAUGAAAAUGAUUAUGAUGCAAGUGACUCUCAUUAUGAUGCUCUCGAUCAUGAAGAUAUCAGUGAUGAUAUCCGUGAUAAUAAUAAUAUUGAUGCUGUUGAUGACAAAUCUAAUCCUGAACCAGAAUCUGCAACCAAUGAAGAAUCAAAGAAUUCAAACGCUCAUGAAAAUUCAAAUGAUCCAGAAAGCAUAUACGAUAACCAAAAAGUAAAAGAGCUCGACAAAGAAAAUUACGACAUGUUCAUAUCGAGAGAAUGGCAAAACUUAAAAUUACGCCAACAACAAUUUGAACACAGCAAAAAACAAAACAUGCGAUUACAGCAACAGAUGCUGGAAGAAUGGAACAAGAUGAAACAACAGUAUAGAGAAUUCCAAAAAAAUUUCCAGAAAAAUCAGAAAUCUGAACUGGAUGACUCAGAAAUUGAAGGAAUAUGGACUGACCUGAAGCACCAACAGAAACAGUUUGAUAGCAUGAAGAAACAAAUCGAAGAGGAGUUAAAGAAAAGUUUGCAAAAGGAAUGGGAGAAAUUGAAGAACAAGCAAGCAGAAAUUGAAAUGAGAGAAAAGCAGUUAUACGAAGAUGAGGAGUCCAAUGUACAUUACCAGGAGAUUGUUGGAUAUCAAAGGGUAACAGUGGAUAAGAGAGGGGAUAUUAAUGAACAACAGAGGACGGAGUGGGAAUCAAAUAAUGAUGAUACCUUAAUCUCGGAACUGCAGCCGGAAGCAACUCUAGAAAAGCAAAAUGAAUAUCAUUCUGAAAUUGAAGCAACAUAUCAAGUCAGUUACGAUGAGAGUGAAAUAGGAGAUGAAAUGGAAUUGAUCCACGAAGAUCUUACUCCCGAAAUACAAGACUCAACUGAUGAAAUAGUGCAAGCUCCAUGGCAGGUCGUUGAAGGCCAUUAUGUUGACAGAAUACAAAGUGGUGCCUGGGAAACGAGUGAUUCAGACGUGGCGUACACUCAGAACAUGCACAUGGAAGAGAAUCUGCCACAUGAGUUACCCUACAUCCCUGAGACAGAUGAACAUCCUGAUUAUCAUGUUGAUACAACCCUAAGCGAAGCAUGGGAAUUAAGUCAAACGUCAAAUACUGGUGAAGAGCAAUACAUGAUAGAUGAAAAUCUUCCACGCGAAAUACCCCAUGUCCCUUCAACUGAGAGCAGUGAAAUACCUGGAAUGACCGACAGUAUCUUUCGAAUUCAUGAAAUGCAAGAAAUGUAUCAGAAAGAAACAUUUCCUGAAGAAAUACCCCAUAUCCCAUCACCUGAGAGUGGUGCAGCACCGCUUGCGUACGAUGGUAUGUUCCAGAUUCAUGCAAGUCAACAAGAGGAAAAUUUCCCUGGAGAAGUAUCCCAUAGCCAUUUAACUGAUAGCAGUGAAAUGUCUGGAGUGAGUGAAGGUAUCUUCAACAUUGUUGCAACACAAAAUAUGCAACAGGAAGACGUCUUUCCCGAGGUAGUACCCUACACUUCCCCCACAGAAACAACCACCCAGAAAGACAACGUAAUACCCAAUGAAGACAAUGAACACACCGUGGACACAAGUGACAGUGGACUACAUUUUGAGACCGAAGACACCCAUUCUUCUUCGCAGUGGGAACUGCAAAUUCAAAAACUCCGAGAAGAGCUUGAUAGGUUAUACGAAGCAAAAAAGUCUGAAAGAAAUGGGCUGCAAGUAAUUAAGCAUGAGACUGAAUCACCAGUAACACCAAUUGAGGACUUGAAUACUAAAUCGGAAAAUGUGGCUCAACCAAAAUGUCCACCCAAAUGCCCUAACACUGCAAGCUAUUCAGAGUGCUCACCCAAAUGUCCUAAAAGAGAUUCAACGAAGGAUGUUAUCUCGGUUAAACCACAGUCGUUUGGAAAAAGAUCAGAUGAGAAAACGAAACAGUCUUCGUUCGCUAAAAAAUCUGAUCCAGAACCAUCGGAAAUUGAAAAGAAUGAAAAGGAAGGUAAAAGUCCUGCCUUUAUGGACUACAUUGAAGGACAUUCUUACCUGCGACAGCUCGAGCCUCAAGAAUAUGAUCGUAAAAUGCCUGGACUGAACAACGGCCCAUUGGCUCCCAGAAAGAGAGCUACGAAAAUCAAAAAGACUAAAAUCAAGUCCAUAGACGAAAAUGAUGAUAAAAACGAAUCCAUCGAGAAGACUCGAAAGAGAAGAAAACAAGAGAAAUAUUUGGAGAAGAAUGCACAAGAAGCUGGAUUGAAUAAACCGUUCAAAAAAGGAAAGAAACAGAAAAUCAAACACCAUUAUCCAAAGAAAAGCGCAAGAAAGGAUCAGAAAUUGAUACGAAAACAGCAAUAAAAUCUCACAUUUUUUCAUGUUAGUAUUAUUACAAUUUCAAUCAAAAAUAUUUAAAAAAAAAACAAAAACGAUAAAAAGUAGGAUUUUUUCCAUUUUGGUUAUUUUUGGGAGUAAUUUGACCGUUAAUCGAACUGUAAAUAUACAGUAGGCGAAUGCCAUUGUAAACACAUUGUAAAAAUUUGAAAGGUAGAAACCCAAUUUUAAGCUUAUUUCAAACUAGAAUUUAAUUUACACAAUCGCACAAGUUUUAGUCGCUCACUUUUCCUAUUCCUGUACAUACAAGUACAUUAAUUAAAAAACACUAAACGGCUGUUUUUAACGUUGAAUUUGUUUCAGUUGUUUGUCAGCCCACUCAUGUUAUCUUUUGACAGUGAACGUACAUUUACACACAACAAUUAAUCGGGCCGA